AUGCACAUGAACUGCGCAAACUUCACGCAGUGUGCUACCCUAGCGCGUCAGUCGGGUCUCGCGUCGUUCCUCUACGCCAGCAUGGCUGCUGUUGGCAACGGCAGUCUGCACUCAAAACAACAAGCCGGACGCGCCAACAAUACGUUAAUUUAUCCAAGUACGGACGUUGUGGAAUGGACGAAAUGGCAAUUCAAUAACGGCAGCCACUUUUUGAAAAUCACCGCCGAAGUCGACGGGCCGUCUCUGGAGCAGCAGACUCAGAUGGUUGAAACCGCUCAUGACGAAUACCGGAGACAGACCAUGACGCAUGCAUCUCAGAUCACGGCAUACCAGCAAGCUGCAGACUCAAAGACCAACGGCAUUCAGCACGUUCCCGACGACGGUGUUCUGGGACAAGAUGUGAUCAAGCAGAUUCUAAGCCAACAUCAAUACGUUACGCCUACAUUGAACAUCUUCGAAUAUGGCUACCGAGAUGCUGUCCUGUCGAAGUUCUUAAACAUUCAACCAGGAAGCAACCGUACACUCGACAACGCUCACACGAAUGCCCGCCUCCUUCAUGAAGCUGGGGUGCCUAUUCUCGCUGGCACCGACGCCGUCGGCAUAUUGAAGCAGGGCAACGCCACAGCCUCAGUUCCCUUCGGCCUGACCCUUCAUUUUGAGCUUGAGAACCUUGUCAAAUACCUGGGCAUGUCCCCCGCCGAAGCUAUCAACUCUGCUACUCGCAAAGCCGCCAAGUGGCACCGUGUCCCUGAUAGGGGCUCCAUCGAGAUUGGAAAGAGGGCUGACUUGGUGAUGCUCAAUUCCAACCCUUUGGUUGACAUCAGCAAAACUCAAGAUAUUGCUCGGAUCUGGGUACUUGGCUAUGAGUCUCCAGUUUACGCGAAAAAUGGUACCGCUAAGAAUCCAGGAGCUUAA